GUUCUGUUGAGGAGCUCAGAAAAGUACAUCCUCACAUGGCGCCGCUCCCUCAUCGCCCCUGCAGGUAUUUGGGGAUUAACAACAUUUUUGUUAUUGUAUAUGAUGAUGAUGGUGGUACUGUAUCCACCCCUCCCGCAUUCAUUUCCCACAAUGGACUUUUUCCCCCCGUUCACUACCCGUCCAGUAGGUGGCGGUAAUACGCAAAUAGGUGUAGUCUGACAUUAAACCUUAAAGAAGAAGACAACAAAGUAGCCUAACUGUUCUGUUGUAGCCGACCACAUUUCAUGUCUUACAAAGAAACAAUAGCUUCCACAAUGAAUCGGGACAACGCUAGCCCGUUCCCCUGCACCCUCCCGGAGUCCCCGUGUCAAACGCCUCCCAGUUCCGCUUUACUGCGGGGUCUGGUCGACUGCAGGAAAACACUGGGGCAGAGUGGAACUGAGACAGGAGAAAAGAAGGAAGAUGGAGAAUUGAUUUCAUUAAGUAAGAACCAUGGGGACAUCCCUAAUCGUUGCUCUCUCAGUGGGAGGGGCUUAUCAUCUGCGGAGCCUCGACAACGUCAUGAUGCUGACAAGAAAGAGAAGAGUCUCUCCAGACCAGAACACCUCAAGAAACACCAUCAGAGACUUACAGUGAAGAAACCUGACCACUGCUGCUUUGACUGUGGGAAGAGUUCUGCUAAACAGAGGGAAUUGGUCAUUUACAAGCAGAUUCACACUGGGAGGAAAAUGUACCGCUGCUCUCAGUGUGGGAAGAGUUUUGCUGCAUCUAAAACCUUACAAUCUCAGAUAAUUCAUACAGGGGAGAGGCCUUACCCCUGCUUUGAUUGUGGGAAGAGCUUCAGUCAAUCAGGAGCCCUGACUACACACCAACGCAUACACACAGGAGAGAAGCCUUAUAGCUGUGUUCAGUGUGGGAAGAGCUUUGCUCUAUCCGGAAACCUGAGUACGCACCAGCGUGUACACACAGGAGAGAAGCCUUAUAGCUGCGAUCAGUGUGGGAAAAGCUUCAACCAAUCAGGAAACCUGACUACGCACCAGCGUGUACACACAAGAGAGAAGCCUUAUAGCUGUGAUCACUGUGGGAAGAGCUUUGCUCUAUCCGGGAACCUGACUAGACACCAGCGCAUACACACAGGAGAGAAACCUUAUAGCUGUGAUCAGUGUGGGAAGAGUUUCAAUCAAUCAGGAGAACUGACGAGACACCAAUGCAUACACACAGGAGAGAAGCCUUAUAGCUGUGAUCAGUGUUGGAAGAGCUUUGCUCUGUCCGAAGACCUGACUAGACACCAGCGCAUACACACAGGAGAGAAGCCUUAUAGCUGUGAACAGUGUGGGAAGAGCUUCAUGGAUUCAGGUAGUCUGACUAGACACCAGCGCAUACACACAGGAGAGAAGCCUUAUAGCUGUGAUCAGUGUGGUAAGAGCUUCAUGGAUUCAGGUAGUCUGACUAGACACCAGCGCAUACACACAGGAGCAAAGCCUUAUAGCUGUGAUCAAUGCGGGAAGAGUUUUGCUCAAUAUUCCACUCUGACUGCACACCAACGCAUACACACAGGAGAGAAGCCUUAUAGCUGUGAUCAGUGUGGGAAGAGCUUCAAUCGUUCAGGAGCCCUGACUACACACCAACGCAUACACACAGGAGAGAAGCCUUAUAUCUGUGAUCAGUGUGGGAAGAGCUUCAAUCAUUCAGGAGCCCUGACUAGACACCAGCUCACACACACUGGAGAGAAACCUUACUCUUGUCUAUGUGGAAAGAGCUUUGCUCGUUCAGGGUCACUGAAACAACACCAGAAAGCAUCUCCCUCCUACAGCACCGGUUACAGAUCUCUAAAUAAAGAUACAAUAGAAAACAUCUUGUAAAGAGUCAUCCAUCUCCCAUUCGCUAACAGUUUACUAAGUCUUAUUACCAUGGUAACAUGUGUAGAUAAUAUGCAGCUCUGGAUCCAUAUGUAUCAAGCGUCUUGGAGUAGGAGUACUGUGUGUGGUGGGGUGGGGGGGUUCAGAGCUGUGUCUUAUUUCAUUAAUUCCUAUUAUCCAUUAAAUAAUUGUGUAAUGUAGAAUGUUUCAACAAUACUAGGUAUGUUUUCAAAAGAUCAAUAAAUUACAUCCAUUAUCUGCUCAACA